CCGUAUCACACGGCCCAGAGCAGCACCGGGCUGGGCCUGUUCAAAAGCACCAUGGGGGAGCUGCAGCAGCAACUGCACAACGGCGAAUACGACAUAUUCAAGUAUGCGCCGAUAUUCGAGAGCGACUUUAUCCAGAUCACGAAGAGGGGACACGUGAUUGACGUGCACAACUGUGACUGCACGGUGACCGUGGGCAUCGCAUCCACCAGCCCCGUCCUCCCACUCCCAGACAUCAUGCUGCUGGCCCGACGGGCCACCGGCUGUGAACAGCACGCUGAGCACAGCCAGCCCACCAAGGGGAAGAGCCACAAGGUUGCCAAGACCUUAGAGCUCACCAGGCUCCUUCCCUUGAAGUUUGUGAGGAUCUCCACGCACAAUCGUGACAAACGACAGCUGCGCGUGAAGUUUGCCACUGGCCGCUCCUUCUACCUGCAGCUGUGUGCCCCUCUGGACGCGCAGGAAGACCUCUUCGCCUACUGGGAAGAGCUGAUUUACCUCCUGCGACCACCAUUGGACGGUCACAGCCGCACCUACGCUGUUCCAGCCGGGGACAUGAUCUGCAGGACUCUGUUC